AUGGCUCUGGAGCUUGUUGUUGGUAUCGACUUUGGAACCACGUACUCAGGUGUGUCCUGGGUCGUCAACGGUGGCACCAAGGACAUAAACCUCAUCAACGACUGGCCAAAUCCUACGGGCUCCAACGCGAACACAGAUAAGGUCCCUACAAUCGUAUCCUACAAGAAUGGAAAGCCCAUCAACUGGGGCUACGAAGUCGACACUGAUAAGGAAGUGAGCGUAUCUUGGUUCAAGCUACUUCUCGACCCCAAGCAAAAGGCACGCGGUGACGCCCGAGCAUUGAGCGCAUGCCGCGAAACACUUGCGGACCUAGGAAAAUCAGCUGAAGAUGUAGCCACUGACUACUUCCGCUUCCUCUGGCAGUACACAAAGAAAACAAUCGAAGAUAAGAAAGGCGAAACAUGGGAGUCAUCCUACACACUUAAGCUUGUAAUCACCGUCCCAGCUAUUUGGAGUCAAAUCGCAAAGCAAGCGACCCUCAACGCAGCAAAGCGAGCAGGCUUACCGAAUGAUAUUUCUCUCGUCACGGAACCAGAAGCUGCAGCAUUGGCAGUCCUGAAGGCGAAGGAAAAAGAACCAGGUGAACUGCAGCUCCACGACUCGUUCGUGAUAUGCGACGCGGGUGGAGGCACGGUCGACUUGAUCACAUAUAAAAUCACGAAGCUUGAUCCCCUACAAAUCGAAGAAGGUGUUGCCGGUGAAGGCGAUGGCUGCGGAUCUGUUCAUCUUGACGUCGCUUUUAAGAAGUACAUUCAGAUGAUUGUUGGCGAGAAGCAAUACAACAGUCUCAAGCGUAGAGCUAAGUCGCGUAUGCUUCGCGAAUACGAAAAUGGUCUCAAACGCGCCUUCUCUGGAACGGACAAGGAGUACACUGUUGAGCUUCCUGGCGUCGAUGACAAUGAAAAGGAAGGCAUUGACAACGAGAUGAUCACACUGAAACCGCGCGUUCUUCGAACUCUCUUUGACCAUGUCAUCAACCAGAUCGUGGUCUUGGUGGAGAAUCAAGUAGACGAAGCACAGGUCGAUGGUCAGCGGGUCAAGGCUAUUCUCUUAGUUGGAGGCUUCGGCACCAACCAUUACAUGCACAAGCGAUUGAAAGACGCUCACAACAAGGAGGGCAUCGAAGUGUUCAAGGUUACGAAUGGGUGGUCUUCGAUCUGUCGUGGAGCAGCCACGUGGGGCGUAGAGCAUUCUCUAAACAACCCCUUAACUACGCGGACAGUGGCUGCCAGGAUAGCUCGUUUCAGCUACGGGAACUGUUGGUGUGUUCCGUUCGAUUCCUCUAAGGGUCAUCUAGACAUAGACAAGCAACGUCUGCCUGAUCAGAAUUAUGAGUGGUGGGCCGUAAACCAGAUGGAGUGGAUCCUGAAGAAGGGGGAGCGCAUACAAGACGGACAUCGCUUUCAUACAAGGUACCAUAGCAAAGUGCAGGAGAAACGACCGUUUGAAAAAGAGUAUGCAUUCGGAGGCCAGCUAUACUUCUGUGCCCAGAACGACCCACCGUCAAGAAAAACAGUCAGCGUCAAGGAGCUUUGUUCUGUGGCCUGGCGCAUUGACCGGGUCAAGUUGCUCAAUGAGCCUCUCUUCACCGACCGUCACGACAAGCAGAAUUAUCGAACUGCUAUUUUCGACCUACACGUGACCUUUGAAAGCGCAACGAUCCGUUUCGAGAUCGCAUAUAAGGGCGAGACGGUAGCCUUCACCGAAGCCAAAUACAAAGAAGACGAGCCGUUGUUCGAGGAGCCUCCUCCGCCUUAUGUGUGA